GCAAAUAGUCUCUGCUCGUAAAGCCUUUUUAAAAGAACGCACGACGCGGUUGCCCUUGGCGGUUGGAAAGCGCGUCUUGGUCUCUUAUUUGGGGAACGCACCUGCAGAAGAAGGUUGCAGAUAUACUCUCAUACGAGGAUACGAACAUGGUUCCUGAGGACUUCGCGAUGUCGCGCAAAGAGGUGAUUCCCCGUCCACCCUCCUGGUCGGACACCCUCGCAGCUGCUGCUAUGUCGGACUUCGGCCACCGGCUGCUGACGGAGCAUCUGACGGAGGCGGCGCUGGCGCAGGAGGAGAUGCGGCGCGCCAUGGCCAGCGCCGCCGCCAUUGCUGGCGAGCGGCUGGUGCGGCGGCGCUCAGCUGAAGACCGCGGCGACCAGCCGCACAUCCCGCGGCUGCUGCGCCAGGCACGUGCCAUCAGCCUGCACGUGCCCUACACCGUGGGUGUGCGGCGCUUUGCGGGAGACGUGUACGGCGCGCUGGCCAAGGAGCGGGACCUGUACGGCCGCGUUGGCAACAUGGAGGUGGCGCUGGCGGAGGCAGAGCUGCGGGAGCAGGGUCUGCGCGAGGAGGUGGCGCGCCUGCACCACCGCAUGGCGGAGCUGGAGGCCGCGCUGGAGGCGCAGAGCGAGGUGCUGCAGGCCGCCAACGGCGGGGUGGUGCGCCCCAGCAGGGGCAGCGGCAGCGGCGCCCGGGCGGGAGGCGGCAACGGCGGCAGCAGCGGCGCUACGACUGUCAAGGUGCUGGUGGUGGAGGAGCUGGCGCCUGACGCCUAGAUAGAGUACUGGUGUCGUGCUGGAUGUUUGUGUGCAUGGUGCGUGCCUGACGCGUGCUGAGGACAGGCAUGUUGGGUGUGGAAUGUCGUGAGGAGUGGUUGAGCAUGAGGCGGGCGCGCUUUGGUGCCCGCGCAUGUAUGUCUGGAUCCAGCACGAGAUGCGUGUUUGUUGUUGUCGCUCAGUUGCACGCCCUAGGUUGUCCAUGGCUUAGGUGGGCGGCGCCAAGUGCCCGAGCCCGACAAGCAGGUCCCCGUUGUACCAAAGCGGGGGUCAGGGGCGGAUGAGGCAUGACUCACCUGUGGGAGUAUGGGCGCACUUGUGUAUGCAGUGUUUGGUUCCCGUAGGGUACUCCAAUGUGGUAGCUAGUGGUGGGAAUGAGGUUGUAAUGGUGCAUAUGGCAGGCAUAUGGAAGACAGCUGGUUGUAAUGUUGUACCGUUAUUGUUGUCCUGAAUGCGUGUAAUUGGAUCCAGGUGUCAUGUGAGUUUGUGACUCGUGUCUCUCGCACUUUGAUCACUACGUGUGUUGUUGUGCUGACUGUCCCGCAAGGAGCGAGAGGAGGUACAGCCGAACUGCCGAACCCACACCCGAAGGCAGAAGUAGCCAUGUCCAGGAGAUAGUCAGGGGCAGUUUUUAUAGGCCCAGCCGCCCAGGCGUGUUACUCACUUGCGAUUCCACAUAUUAACACCAUCCAACUCA